UGUUCAGCUCUUAACAACAAACUCAACUUGUGGAUUUACAACAGUAGUGACUUGCUUUAACUUUACAAUGAGCGGCAGCCUGAAUCUCCAGCAGCACUGACAGGAGAAGAUGGAAAGCAAAGCUUGGACCGUGCUGUCCCAGCAGCCCGUGAGGAGCUGAGAACUCGGCCUGACUUUCUUUGGGGGGGGGGUUUCUUUUCAUGCGCGACAUGCAGCAGAAACGCAUUUCCCGCUGGUAUUUUGGUGGAGUGUCCUCCAGCGCGGCGGCCUGUUUAACACACCCUCUGGAUCUGAUCAAGGUGCACCUGCAGACGCAGCAGGAGGUGAGGGUGAGGAUGAUCGGGAUGACCGUUAACGUGGUGAGGAGGGAAGGCUACCGGGCUCUGUACAGCGGCCUCAGCGCCUCCCUCUGCAGACAGAUGACUUAUUCGAUGUCGCGGUUUGCCAUUUAUGAGACUGUCAGGGACAAGUUGUACAGAAAAAACAAGGCCCCCAUGCCCUUCUACCAGAAAGUCCUGCUGGGUGCAUUUGGAGGGUUUACAGGUGGCUUCAUAGGAACCCCAGCAGACUUAGUGAAUGUCCGAAUGCAGAACGAUGUCAAACUGCCCGCAAAGCUCAGAAGAAAUUACGCUCAUGUGUUCGAUGGAUUGUUACGUGUUUGGAGGGACGAGGGGAUCAGGAAAAUGUUCUCUGGUGGGACGAUGGCCUCCAGCCGAGGAGCUCUGGUCUCAGUCGGACAGUUGUCGUGCUACGACCAGUCCAAGCAGUUGUUUCUGGCUAACGGCUUCCUAACGGACAACAUCCUGACUCACGUCCUGGCCAGUGUGUUCGCAGGCGGCUGUGCCACGGUGCUUUGCCAGCCGCUCGAUGUCGUCAAGACGCGACUGAUGAACUCCAAAGUGGAAUACGGGAGCGUGUUUGCCUGUCUGACAGAAACUGCAAAGCUCGGCCCAAAGGCUUUCUACAAGGGCCUUGUUCCCGCGGCCAUCCGCCUCGUCCCUCACACAGUCUUCACCUACGUCUUCCUGGAGCAGCUGAGGCAGCACUUCGGUCAGGUGGUCGUCGCCUGAGAGCGCCGAGGCAAAGUCCCAUGAAGAGGUCGUCAGGUUCCUCUCAGCCAGACGGGCUGAACACAGUCCUGCUCGUACUGACGCAAGUUCUACAAAAAAAACAACUAAAAAACAAUGAUUUUUUUUUUUUUUUUUUUUCUACAAAAUUAAAGUGACAUUUACAAAAAUGCUCCAAGCUGUGAGACAAAAGUAAAUGUGACGUGUGUGACUCAACUUUUCCUUUUUUACAGUCAUCCCUGUGGAGUUAUUUUUGUGCAGAGAACUUUAAAACUAUAAACAGAGUUAACAAAUCAGUCUAAUAUCAACUCAAAUGAAAAUCUGCCAGUUAAAUGAAUAUGAGUACGUGAAUCAUGUACACUCAAACAGUGAUUAUUUCUAUUUUAUGUGUAUUUAUACUGAUGCAAAUUCAAAUAUAUUUCUUCGAGACAAGACUGUGAUUCCUGUAUAUUGUAUAUUUUCAUGUUCAGAGCGGAGAC